UGGGUGUGGCACGGCGAGCCGAAAGAGAAACUCAGCCCCGGGCAGCGCCUCUGCAGGCGGCGCGGAGAGUGGGGAUCUGCCGGCCCGCGCCUGACCCUCCUCCUUCCCCCGGGCGCCCUCUUGUCUGCAGGGAUCUUCCACCCUCCGGGGCCAAACUCCGCCGGCAGCCGAGAGCAUGAGCGCAGCCAAAGAGCGGCGGGAGGUGUCCGAGGAGGAAGUCGCCGGAGCCGAGCAGGACUGGGAAGCGGCCAAGGCGGCCUACGAGAGCCUCACCACCAGCAAGAGACCCCGGCCCCCCAAGCCCCAAAAUGCCAUCACCAUUGCGGUGUCCUCCCGGGUCCUCUUUAACAUGGUGGAAGAAAGGAAGAUCUACGAGGAGCAAGGCGUGGAAAAGUACGUGGAGUACCAACAAGCGAAUGAGAACCUCACGCUCAAGCCUGGACCGGCUUUUUCCUUUGUGAAGGCGCUGGAGCAUGUCAAUGCCCGACUGCGUGAGCUUUACCCAGAGGAUGAAGAUCUGUUUGAUAUUGUGCUCAUGACAAAUAACCAUGCCCAAGUAGGUGUGAGGCUUAUCAACAGCAUUAACCACUAUGGUCUGUUAAUCGAGCGGUUCUGUAUGACUGGAGGGAAGAGUCCCAUUGGCUACCUGAAAGCAUACCUCACAAAUCUGUACCUUUCUGCUGACUCUGAAAAAGUUCAAGAAGCCAUAGAAGCAGGAAUCGCUGCUGCCACGUUGUUUUCAGGGAAUAAAAACGUUCCUCAUGACGAUAAGCAGCUCCGAGUAGCCUUUGACGGGGACGCAGUGCUGUUUUCUGAUGAGUCCGAAAUCAUUGUGAAAGAGCAUGGCCUGGACAGGUUUUUUGAACACGAGAAGAUGAACGAGAAUAAGCCUCUGGCACAGGGUCCUUUGAAAGGUUUCUUGGAAGAUCUCGGAAGGCUACAGAAGAAGUUUUAUGCAAAGAAUGAGCGCUUAGAUUCCCCUAUCAGGACUUUUCUGGUGACGGCCAGGAGUGCUGCCAGCUCCGGAGCAAGAGUGCUCAAGACCCUCCGCAGCUGGGGAGUGCAGAUUGACGAAGCCCUCUUCCUUGCUGGGGCACCCAAAGGCCCGGUCCUGGCAAAAAUCAGACCACACAUUUUCUUUGAUGAUCAGAUGUUCCACAUAGAAGGAGCACGGCAGUUGGGUACUAUUGCCGCACAUGUACCGUAUGGCAUUGGGCAGAAGUACCACAAAUCCAAACUCAAAGACAGCUCUGCUGCAAAAUAGUUCUCUUUCGCUUUAGCUUCCAGUGUGCUGUUAAACUUUUUUCCUACCUAAAUUUUAGAAACUUUAUGCUGUUGUUUUCUAGAUUUUUUUUUUACUCUGAAGACAUUUUUGAAAACAAAUGAAAAUACAUUGUAAAUUCCUAAACAGGUUAUUGUCAAUCAAUCUCUGUCCGGUUCGGGAUUUUUAAUAUUAGAAACCAUCUGCGCUGUACUUAAAUCUCUCGGCUCUAGAGAAUCCCCAAAAUGGCAUACCAAAAAUGCUUGCAUGAUUAGAUAAAUCGUUCCAAAUGCACAGAUUGAAUGGAGUUUUAUAUGUACUGCUGAAUUGCUGGAUGUUGUCUGCACUCCCCAAUACAGCAGGCUUUUGCAUAUUUAGUGGAGCAGAGUAUGAGAAUAGCUCAGGAUCAGGUUGACAAAGUGCAAUUCAGAAUUUAAAAUCCCCAUUGAUUCAACCAGUAUUAAUGCUCCUCUGUUGGGUUAGUAACUCUGAACAGGUUCUUCUCAGUGCAUGACUUAGAACCAGAUCACUACUGCCAACCUCCCCCCGCCCCCCUUCAAAAAGGACGAUUUACACAAUAGUCACCAGCUGCUGGGGGAGAGGAAUGACAGUAUCUGUUUUGUGUGUUUUACAUUGUGCAAUAGUGGUGUAAAUCAACUAGUAAAUGUCAGAAUUGUCGAUCUUUUUUGAAAACUAUUUUUCCACUUUAAUAAAAGCCAGCUUUAGAAACAAUAA